AUGGGGGGAAAGCAGCAUGAGAAGGAGGCUUACGGGAAAUCAGUCAACUACGACCCCUCCUUCCGAGGCCCCAUCAAAAACAGGGGCUGCACAGACAUCAUCUGCUGUGUCCUCUUCCUGCUCUUCAUUUUGGGUUACAUCGUGGUGGGGCUUGUGGCCUGGGUGUAUGGAGACCCUCGGCAAGUGCUCUACCCCAGAAACUCCACGGGGGCCUACUGUGGCAUGGGGGAGAACCAGAAUAAACCCUACGUUCUAUACUUCAACAUCUUCAACUGUAUCGUGGCUACCAACAUCAUUUCCAUCGCCCAGAAUGGCCUACAGUGCCCCACACCCCAGGUGUGUGUCUCUUCCUGCCCAGUAUCCCCGUGGGCUGUGGACAGUUCCCAGUUCUCAAAGACAGUGGGUGAAGUUUAUAAAGAAAACAAGAACUUUUGUCUACCAGAGGUGCCCCCAGACAUGAAUGUGAUGAAAAGCCUGGAGCAAGAACUCUGUCCCAGUUUCCUCCUCCCUUCUACUCCAGCUCUGGGACGUUGUUUUCCAUCCCCCAACAUUAAUUUCACCUUACCCGGGUACGAAUGGAUCGAUAACACCACUGUCUCUAAGGGGAUCAGUGGCCUCCUUGACAGCAUCAAUGCCCGGGAUGUCUCUGUGAAGAUCUUUGAAGAUUUUGCCCAGUCCUGGUAUUGGAUCCUCGUGGCCCUGGGUGUGGCUCUGGUACUGAGUCUGCUCUUCAUCCUGCUCCUUCGCCUGGUGGCAGCUCCCCUGGUGCUGCUGCUGAUUGUGGGGGUGCUGGCCGUGCUGGCCUAUGGCAUCUACCACUGCUGGCAACAGUACCGGACGCUUCGGGACAAGGGGGCCUCCAUCGCCCAGCUGGGCUUCACCACCAACCUCAGUGCCUACCAGAGCGUGCAGGAGACCUGGCUGGCUGCUGUAAUUGUUCUGGCUGUCCUUGAGGGCAUCUUGCUGCUCAUGCUCAUCUUCCUGCGCCAGAGGAUCCGAAUUGCCAUCGCUCUGCUGAAGGAAGCCAGCAGGGCUGUGGGCCAAAUGAUGUCCACUAUGUUCUACCCUCUGGUCACCUUCGUCCUUCUGGUCAUUUGCAUCGGUUACUGGGCCAUGACUGCUCUGUACCUGGCCACGUCCGGGCAACCCCAGUACAUCUAUCGGGUGCCCGACCCAAGCACACCCGGCUGUGAGGGUGCACCUGUGAACAAGUCCUGUGACCCCAUGGAACAGGGAAGGUCCAGGAUCCGCCUGCAAGUCCCGGGCCUGAACCUGCCAUGUCCCCCCUGUCACUUCCAGGACCAAUCCAAGAACUUCUCCUCGUGCCCAGGGCUCACGUGUGCCUUCCAGGGCUACUCGUCCACAGGCCUAGCCCAACGUUCUCUCUUCAACCUGCAAAUCUAUGGGGUCCUGGGGCUCUUCUGGACUGUUAACUGGGUACUGGCCCUGGGCCAGUGCGUCCUUGCUGGAGCCUUUGCCUCCUUCUACUGGGCCUUUCGUAAGCCUCGAGACAUCCCUACCUUCCCCUUGAGCUCAGCCUUUAUCCGCACACUCCGUUACCACACUGGGUCACUGGCAUUUGGAGCCCUCAUCCUGACCCUUGUGCAGAUAGCCCGGAUCAUCCUGGAAUACAUUGACCACAAGCUAAGAGGAUCCCAAAAUCCUGUGGCCCGAUGCAUCAUCUGCUGCUUCAAGUGUUGCCUCUGGUGUCUGGAGAAGUUUAUUAAGUUUCUCAACCGCAAUGCCUACAUCAUGAUCGCCAUCUAUGGGAAGAAUUUCUGUGUCUCAGCCAAAAAUGCCUUCAUGCUGCUCAUGAGGAACGUAGUCAGGGUCGUCGUCCUGGAUAAAGUCACAGAUCUGCUCCUCUUCUUUGGGAAGCUGCUGGUGGUCGGAGGUGUCGGCGUUCUGUCUUUCUUCUUUUUCUCCGGUCGUAUCAAGGGGCUGGGGAAGGACUUUGAGAACCCCCACCUCAACUAUUAUUGGCUGCCCAUCAUGACCUCCAUCAUGGGGGCCUACGUCAUCGCCAGUGGCUUCUUCAGCGUUUUUGGCAUGUGUGUGGACACGCUCUUCCUCUGCUUCCUGGAGGAUCUGGAGAGAAAUGAUGGUUCCCAGGAGCGGCCCUACUACAUGCCCAAGUCACUUCUGAAGAUUCUGGGUAAGAAGAAUAAGACACCCAGUGAAGGAAAGAGGAAGAAGUGAGAGAUGGGGCCGUGACCCGGAACUGCAGCCCUCCUAC